AUGUGGCUUCCUCUGCUAGUGGUGUUGAGUCUGAUCUUCAUAUACAGGUGGUAUAGACAGAGUCAGAUACUGGAGGAUCUUUCAGAUAAAUAUGUCUUUAUUACUGGAUGUGACACUGGAUUUGGCAACCUGUUGGCAAAACAGCUGGACAGUCAGGGAAUGAAUGUUCUGGCUGCUUGUUUGACGGAGAAGGGGGCACAGAACCUAAAGAAAGAGGCCUCUGGUAGACUUCAAACAGUAAUACUGGAUGUCACCGACAGUCAAAGUGUCAACUCUGCUGCCAAGUGGGUUUCCACUAUUGUUAAAGAAAAAGGUGGUCUCUGGGGCCUGGUGAAUAAUGCAGGCAUUGGUAUUCCAGGAGGCACCAAUGAAUGGCUUUCUAAAGAUGAUUUCUUAAAGGUUAUAAAUGUAAAUCUACUGGGUGCCGUGGAUGUGACACUUCAUUUCUUGCCCUUGAUCCGAAAAGCAAGAGGGAGAAUCGUCAAUGUAAGCAGUGUGGCUGGUAGAAUCAGUAUCUGUGGUGGAGGAUACUGCAUAUCAAAAUAUGGAAUAGAAUCCUUUUCAGACAGUCUUCGGAAUGAAAUGCGUCCAUUUGGAGUAAAAGUGUGCAUAAUUGAACCUGGAUUUUUCAGUACACAAAUAACCAACACAGAAUUACAAAAAGAAAAUAUAAAACGCUGCUGGGAGAAAACCUCUGAAGAAGUCCGACAAGCCUAUGGAGAAGAGUAUUUUAGAAAUGUUUGCAGCUCUGUUGAUAUGAUCGGACCACUCUGCACCACAAAGCUGUCUCGAGUUACAAACUGCAUCAAGCACGCACUGACUGCAGUUCACCCAUGGACACGAUAUUCUGCUGGCUGGGAUGCCAAAUUCAUACUUGUGCCUCUCUCUUACCUCCCCACAGCAGUUUUGGAUUUUAUUCUAAUCAUGGGGCAGCCUAAACCAGCCCAGGGGAUCUGA